AGGCCCUAACCCCAAAUCCCCCAUUAUAUAUACACAUACACAUCGUGUGCGAUCUGCUAUAUCGCAUCACAGAGAUCAAUUCUAGAAAAUAUAGCAUCGAUCAUCGAGAGUGAGAGAGAUGGAUAAAGCCAUUAACAGACAGAGGAUUUUGCUUCAGCACCUUCAACCUACUGCUUCAUCUAAUCAAAGCCAUGAAUCUACAAUCUCAGCUUCAAGUUGUUUAGCUGGCGGCAGUUCUGGAGAUGAUGUUGUCAUUGUUGCUGCAUACCGUACUGCUCAAUGCAAAUCCAAACGUGGUGGUUUUAAGGACACUCUUCCUGAUGAUUUACUCUCAACUGUUCUUAAGGCAGUGAUAGACAAGACAAAUGUGAAUCCCAGUGAGAUUGGGGAUAUAAUUGUUGGUACAGUUUUAGCACCUGGUUCGCGUAGGGCAAUCGAGUGCAGAAUGGCUGCACUAUAUGCGGGUUUCCCAGACACUGUGCCCCUCAGAACAGUGAACAGGCAAUGUUCAUCUGGGCUCCAGGCAGUUGCUGACGUGGCUGCUUACAUAAAAGCUGGAUUUUAUGACAUAGGCAUUGGUGCUGGAGUAGAAUCAAUGAGUGUUGACCAAAUUGGACCUCUUUCCACAGUCAACCCAAAAGCGGACAAAUUUUCACAAGCCAAAGACUGUCUUCUUCCAAUGGGAAUCACAUCCGAAAACGUGGCACAACGUUUCGGUGUGACAAGACAAGAACAAGAUCAGGCUGCAGUUGAAUCUCAUAAGCGUGCUGCUAUUGCAACUUCAUCUGGAAAGUUCAAAGAUGAGAUUGUUCCUGUUUACACCAAGAUUGUGGACCCAAAAACCGGAGAGGAAAAGGCAGUUACAAUAACUGUAGAUGAUGGUAUUAGACCAAACACAAAUAUUGCAGAUCUAGCAAAACUCAAACCAUCUUUCAAAAAGGAUGGCACCACAACAGCAGGGACUGCAAGUCAGAUUAGUGAUGGUGCUGGUGCAGUCCUCCUCAUGAAAAGAAGUGUGGCUCUAAAGAAGGGUCUUCCAAUUCUUGGUGUAUUCAGGAGUUUUGAGGCUGUUGGAGUGGAUCCUGCUGUUAUGGGCAUAGGUCCUGCUGUUGCAAUUCCGAUUGCAGUCAAGUCAGCAGGUCUAAAGCUUGAUAACAUUGAUCUUUUUGAAAUAAAUGAGGCAUUUGCGUCCCAAUUUGUAUACUGCUGCAAGAAGCUACAGCUUGAUCCUCAAAAGGUGAAUGUCAAUGGAGGAGCCAUGGCUAUAGGCCAUCCUCUUGGAGCUACAGGUGCUCGUUGUGUUGCAACUUUACUCCAUGAGAUGAAACGUCGUGGGAAAGAUGCUCGUUUUGGUGUUGUUUCUAUGUGCAUAGGUUCUGGUAUGGGGGCUGCAGCAGUGUUUGAAAGAGGAGAUUGAGUGAAUGGCCUAUGCAAUGCUCAGCCAGUCAAACCUAAUGAUUAUUUUUCUUUGGAUGCAUUAUAAUAGACACAUUUUAUCUCUCAUAAAUGAUAUUUAAUAUCUUUCCCCAUUAA